AUUAACUUACAUAUUCGUUGUGCAGCAAAAUAAGUUUGUACAUAACAAAACGGUCAGGUCGUUAGAAACCAUUACUGCCUCGUUACAAUGGGGAACGCUCCACCUCGAAAUUCUUAUAAGGUAGAUCCAGACUAUACCUCAACCGGAAGUACGGAGAGUUUACCCUCCCCUAGAUGUUAUCGUUACAACCUAACUCAGGGCAAAAGUCAAGGCCAAUACGUCACGCCAACUAUGACAAUGAAAAUAUCAUGUGAAAACUUGCAACAUCUUUGUUGCAGUCCAGAUGGGACGGUUUGGGUGUGUAGACGACCUCAGAUACUCCAGCUUAAUUCAAAAGGUCAACAUCAGCUCGUUUUAGAAGUCAAAAUUGAGAUUUGUGGUUUGGCUGCAAGUAAAAAGGGCUCCCUAGUUUUCACAGAUGGGAAAAACAAGCGUCUCAUAUGUACGGAAUUUAAUGAUGACGUCAUCACUAAGAAAGUCAUGUCCACGGAUGACUGGUACCCAAUCGGCGUCUGCUGUGCCGAAAAUGGUGAUAUCUUAGUUGGACUUUUUAAGCCAGAGGAACAGGGGAAAGUCAACCGAUAUGGCGUAAAUGGAGAAACAAGAGAUGCUAUGCAACAAGACAGCAGUGGGAGUCAGUUGUUCAAAUUUCCAGCUUUUGUCACUGAGAAUGGAAAUGGCGAUGUUGUCGUUUCUGACCACCUUAGGCGCUCUGUGAUUGUUGUCGAUCGAUGGGGAAGGUAUCGAUUCACAUACACUGCAGAAAAGUUAAAUCGCCCGGAUGCUGUUCCUUUCUUACCGUUUGGAGUUUGCUGCGACUCAUUAUUGAACAUCAUAGUCUCUGAUUGUUGCAAUGACUGUGUACAUUUAAUAUCCGUGAAUGGUGAGUUCCUGCAUCUGUUGUUUGAUAAGACAAGUGGGUUGUACCGUCCUGUGGCACUAUCCAUGAGCUCUGAAGGAAAACUGUAUAUAGGGGACAGAAAUGGUAUAAAAGUUUUCGAAUUGGACAGUCAUAGAUCAUCUGUAGAGGAUGGAAAAGGUUCAAGGGCUAACAGUUUCUCAUCAGUAGGGCAAUACAGGAUUUCUAAUGACAAUGAAAAACUGAAGAAGUUAGAGAGUUUUCAAGUUAUGUGUAAAUCAAAAAGCUCAUUAAGUCUAAAAUUGACAACAGCUGAAGGUAACAAUCACAAUUACAACUUUGGAGUAGGAACUCCUUCGAGUCGAUCCAAGACACGGACUCUUUCAAACCUGCCAAGAAAUAACCCAAACAUUGCUGUGUCCCCGAACACGUCCAGAAAUAAGGCAAGUACUUUACCAAGAGUCACUGCUUUACUUAGCAAAUCAGUUUCAAAUUUGAAUACCAUUGCUUCAACUAACACGUCAGACAUCGUAAAACCAGUAUCAUCAUUCAAAACAUCUACAGCGUCUUUGGCAUCACCAAAAGUUUCUUCGAAGCAUUCAACUGCAUUAAAAGAUAAACCAAACGCACUGAUGACUUCUACAUCCUUAGUUAACAUUUCCCCUCAAGUUUCUAGAUCACAGGCAAAAUUAAAUUCAGCCGCGCAGUUAACUGUAUCAACAAAGACUACUUCUGAAGAAUUAUCGAACAAAAUGAAAGAAGUAUCGGUGUCCGCAUUAUCAAACAAAUCAUCGCCAGCUACGCUGGUGGUUUCAUCAUCAAAUAAGCAACCAACAUCAUCACACAUAUCAAAAACUAUUCAGACUUCAAAUGCAGUAGCAAAUAAACCAGUGGCAUCAAAAACGACUAUGUCAUCAAAAGGGUCUGUGACGCCAAAAUCGAAUGUCACUGAAAAGGUUAAGUCAAAAGCUGGUGUUCUUUUUGUGGAUUCAGCACCGGAGGCGCUUGAGUCCUCUAAAACAUUGAACAACAAUGUCGGUUCAAAAAAAGUAAUUCGUGAAGAGACUCGGGAUGGACAAGAACCUGCCAAUGUUUCAAAACCAAUUCAAACAAAUUCAGUGGAAUGUGCAAAUGAAAGGUCUGACAAGACCGAAAUAAUCGAACACACAGAAACAAACACAAAAAAGGAAGAUCCUUUACAAAGUAAAUCGUGUACGGACAUUAACAAAAGGAUACCUUUAAAAGUGUCUGAUGAAGACAAUCCAUCGACAAAAUCGUCAACCUUAGGUAAAAAGAAAGUAAGAGAUUCUAACAUUAUUGAGUCUACAAGAAUAUAA